UUUUAAGCCAGUUUAGUUUUAAAUUGCAUUCCACUGGCUAUAAACAAAUAGAUUUUUAUCUGUAAUACUGGUGUGCGACAUUUUGUGUGCGAACAGUCUGCUCAACACUAGCGUUUUGUAAGAAUGAUGUAAGGCUCGCUAAUGGAAGUGAGACAGGGUUAGCUCGCGAGCUACCUAAGCAAGGGCUCAAUCUCAAAUCGCUUAUUACUCCCUAUCUAUAUGCACUACGUAGGGUUCAUGUUAACAGCUUCUACACGAUACAUAGUGCACUGGAUUGUCCACUAGGACGCCACAUGACAUUCAGCCAUUUAUAUUGAAAACUUAUUGGUCAGUCCUGCAGCUGUUGGAUAGUUUUACAAAAAUAUAAACACAGUGAUCAUUUCGUAAGCUGACUUCAUCCACGUUUACCAGGUCUAUGAACCUCUCGAGAAGAUUAUUCAGGUUGAGCUGCAGCCUGUCUCGGUUUAAUCUCAUUUCGAACACCGCUCUCGAAAGAAAACACCACUAUCCUCCGCCCUGUCUUCAUUCCAUACUGCAUUGUUCCAUUUGUCAUCAAUUCUGCACUCGUCCUUUUCUUCUUUCUUCUCGUUCUUUCUCUCGUCCUCCUUGUUCCAUGGAUUUAAAGACAGUUCUGGACGUUCUUGAGCAGCUUGCUCCGCUCUCAUUGGCUGAAUCUUGGGAUAAUGUUGGUCUCUUAGUGGAACCGAGCAAACAGCAUCCAAUCAAGACUAUCCUCCUCACCAACGAUCUGACUGUUGACGUUAUGGAUGAGGCCGAAGCGAUGACGUGCGAUCUGAUCGUUUCAUACCACCCACCUCUUUUCCGGCCUUUCAAACGACUUGUUCAGAAGGACUGGAAACAGCAACUAGCCAUCAGAGCUAUAGAAAGCGGGAUCGCUGUCUUCUCACCGCAUACAUCCUGGGAUAGUGUGAAAGGCGGCCUUAAUGAUUGGUUGAUAGAAGGCGUAGGUAAUGGACAAGUGUCAGUGCUAAGCCAGGCUCUCUGUAGCGCCCACCAAAAGCACAGAUUGGAGUUCACAGUCAGAAAUGAAGAAGGGCUUGAUAAUAUCUUGAAGGACAUGAGAAAGACAGAAAAAAGUGAAACCUUUCAGUACAGCAUACUUAGGACUGAAGAAGAGGCACAGCAAGUAAUCCUGAACUGUCCCAGCUCAGAACUGACCCCUACUGUUCAGGCUAUAUUAGGAAACACCACAGCCAGACAGUCUCUCAACAUCAUACAGGUCCAGCAGCCCCCGUUACUAGGCUGUGGUCAGGGGCGGCAUGUUGUAUUGGAUGAGCCGAUAUCCAUAGCAGUGGCACUGCAGAGAAUGAAGAAACAUCUCGGUCUGCCUUACCUUAGACUGGCGCUGGGAAAUCAGAAAACAUUAGAUUCUGCGGUGAAGAGCGUAGCUGUGUGUGCUGGCUCAGGAGCUUCAGUCCUGCAGGGCGUGAAAGCAGACCUCUACAUCACUGGUGAGAUGUCCCAUCACGAAGUGCUGGAUGCUGUUUCUAAAGGCACAAGUGUGAUUCUGAGUGAGCACAGUAACAGCGAGAGGGGUUUCCUCAGUGUGUUUAAGGAGCGGUUAUCUGCACAUCUACCAGAAUCUGUUACCAUAAUUAUCUCGCAAAAAGACAAAGACCCGCUGCAGGUUAUGUGAUGUCAUUAUCUUCAGAAAUUACUCUGCUGAAGUACCAAAUCAUUGCACCUUUUCUGAUUUAACAUCCUGAAUUUCAAAAUGAUUUAAAAGGAAUAAACGUGAUUACACUGGAA